AUGUUUAGUAUUUAUAUGCUAACUGGAUUCGGUGUUAUCGUGAUUAUCGUUCUUUUUGGUCUUAUUCUAGCACAAAUUUUUAUCAAAAGAGCAGAUAAAACUCAAAUUCACAAGAAUAUAGUAUAUGAACAAUCACAAGAUAUAACUAUUGCUAUCGAUGAAUUACCAGACGUCAAACAAGGACCAGAUAUAAGUGUUACAUCUAAUGAUGUAAUUGAAGGUAUAUCUCAUCGUCAUAAUCAUGCAAACAAAAAAAAUGCACCAUUCAUUAAUCAAGAUCCUCAAAUCUAUUAUAUUAAUGUUAAAAAGACGCCAAUUGAAAGUUUUUUUACGACAAAAAAUCUGACAAUACCAAUUCAAACGAAUACUGAUAGAAUAUCAUCUGAUACAAGUCUUGUAAAUCCACUUACCGACAAGAUUACACUAGAAUAUUAA